AUGAGUGGCAGAGCCAUUAUCUCCUGUUUUUCUCCUCCCUCAACUUCAUGCUUCAUUCCAUUAUCGCGCCGAACCCACUUCCCCCAUGCACCUCUACCGCCGCGGCUCCUGCUCCCGCGGCGGAGCCACCUCCUCGUUGCCGUCGGGAGGGACAGUGGGAAGAUGUGGGCGAAUGUGAAGUCGGAGAAGAACGUGUCGGAGACCCCCAAGUAUGAGGAUGUUGUCGUUCAGAAGGCGCGCGGUUUGGAUGACGUGGAGGAGGAAGGCAAGUGGUGGAAGGUGUUCCCCAAGAGAUGGGUCAUUGUGGUUCUCUGCUUCUCCGCUUUUCUUCUCUGUAACAUGGAUAGGGUAAAUAUGAGCAUUGCUAUACUUCCUAUGUCUGCAGAGUAUAACUGGAACCCCAGCACUGUAGGUUUGAUACAGUCUUCUUUCUUUUGGGGAUACCUCCUCACUCAGAUUGCUGGUGGAAUAUGGGCAGAUACUGUGGGAGGAAAGCAGGUAUUGGGAUUUGGCGUGGUUUGGUGGUCAGUUGCCACAGCUCUCACUCCUAUAGCUGCCAAACUUGGAUUGCCUUUUCUACUGGUUGCUCGUGCAUUCAUGGGGGUUGGUGAGGGUGUUGCUAUGCCAGCCAUGAAUAAUAUUCUGUCAAAAUGGGUUCCUGUGUCAGAGAGAAGUAGAUCACUAGCACUGGUCUACAGUGGCAUGUAUCUUGGAUCAGUCACUGGACUGGCCUUUUCUCCCUUCCUAAUUCAUCAGUUUGGAUGGCCAUCAGUAUUUUACUCCUUUGGUUCUCUAGGGACAGUCUGGUUUUCUGUGUGGCUUAGUAAGGCACAUAGUUCACCUCUUGAAGAUCCUGAACUGCGGCCUGAAGAAAAGAAGCUCAUUACUACCAACUGUUUCUCCAAGGAACCUGUGAAAACAAUACCUUGGGGAUUAAUUUUGUCAAAAGCUCCAGUGUGGGCUCUAAUAGUGUCCCAUUUUUGCCACAACUGGGGAACCUUCAUUCUUCUUACAUGGAUGCCAACAUACUAUAACCAAGUAUUGAAGUUCAAUCUUACAGAAUCUGGGCUAUUUUGUGUUUUACCGUGGUUGAUAAUGGCACUUUCGGCAAAUGUUGGUGGUUGGAUUGCAGACACUCUAGUGAGCAAGGGUGUAUCAGUUACAAGGGUCCGCAAGAUAAUGCAAACAAUUGGAUUUUUGGGACCGGCUUUCUUCUUAACUCAAUUGAGCCACGUUAAUUCUCCUGUGAUGGCUGUUUUGUGUAUGACGUGCAGUCAGGGAACUGAUGCUUUCUCUCAGUCCGGAUUAUAUUCGAACCAUCAAGAUAUUGCCCCUCGAUAUUCUGGGAUAUUGCUUGGUCUAUCUAAUACUGCUGGAGUAUUGGCUGGUGUCUUUGGAACAGCAGCAACAGGUUACAUUCUGCAGCAUGGCUCCUGGGAUGAUGUUUUCAAGGUUUCAGUUGGGUUGUAUUUGGUUGGAACUGUGGUGUUUAAUCUUUUUUCAACUGGUGAAAAGGUCUUGGAAUAA